UGGUCAAAUAGAAUUCAACAUGGCUGCUCACAUGUCAAGAUUAAGGAGCUGGGGUCGAUUGCGGAGGUAUGGAAUUGCAUGUAGGCAGUACAGUAGUGGCGGUGCGUAUCCCAACGUGUCUCUGUCCACACCGUUACCCGGGAUUCCCAGACCUGUCUUUGCCACUGUGGACGGCCAUGAGAAAAACGAGACUAAAAUCACCACAUUGGAAAACGGACUUAAGGUUGCAACUCAGAACAAAUUUGGUCAAUUUUGUACUGUUGGAAUUUUAGUAAACUCAGGCUCACGUCAUGAAGCAAAAUAUCCAAGUGGAAUUGCGCACUUUUUGGAAAAGCUUGCAUUUUCUUCUACAGCCCAGUAUGGAAGUAAAGAUGAAAUACUUUUAACACUUGAGAAACAUGGAGGCAUCUGUGACUGCCAAACAUCCAGGGACACAACAAUGUAUGCUGUUUCAGCUGAAGUAAAGGGUCUGGAUACUGUAGUUAACCUGUUGUCAGAUGCUGUUCUACAGCCCCGUUUAUUAGAUGAGGAGAUAGAGAUGACCAGAAUGGCUGUUCGGUUUGAGUUGGAGGAUCUGAACAUGAGACCCGACCCAGAGCCUUUACUAACAGAAAUGAUACAUGCUGCAGCAUACAGGGGCAACACGGUGGGCCUGCCUCGAUUCUGCCCUGUUAAUAACAUUGAGAAGAUUGACAAGAAGCUGCUUCAUAAGUAUCUACAGAGCUAUUACUGCCCAGAGCGCAUGGUUCUGGCUGGGGUCGGCAUAGAACAUAUGCAGCUUGUCGAAUGUGCCAGGAAGUAUCUGCUAAAUGUUAAACCGGUAUGGGGAUUGAGCACACCUGCCAAUGUUGACUUGUCUGUAGCACAAUACACAGGCGGCAUUGUUAAGAUGGUGAAGGACAUGUCAGAUGUCAGCUUGGGUCCUACUCCCAUUCCUGAACUAACCCACAUCAUGAUUGGCUUGGAGAGCUGCUCUUUUUUGGAGGAUGACUUUGUUCCCUUUGCCGUCCUUAAUAUGAUGAUGGGAGGUGGAGGGUCUUUCUCUGCAGGAGGUCCAGGAAAAGGCAUGUUCACCCGUCUCUACCUUAAUGUGCUCAACAGGCAUCACUGGAUGUACAAUGCUACCUCUUACCAUCACAGUUAUGAAGACAGUGGUUUGCUGUGUAUCCAUGCAAGUGCAGACCCUAGACAGGUGCGGGAAAUGGUGGAGAUUAUUACACGGGAAUUUAUUCAGAUGACUGGGACAGCAGGAGAAAUGGAACUGGAACGAGCCAAGACACAGCUAAAGUCAAUGCUCAUGAUGAACCUGGAAUCACGACCAGUCAUUUUUGAAGAUGUAGGUCGACAAGUACUUGCGACAGGCAAAAGGAAACUCCCACAUGAGCUUUGUGAGCUCAUCAGUAAUGUUACAGCCAAUGACAUCAAGAGAGUCACAACAAAAAUGCUCCGUAGUAAGCCUGCAGUAGCUGCACUGGGAGAUCUGACUGAGUUGCCAUCUUAUGAGGAUAUUCAAGCAGCUCUUACUAGUAAAGAUGGGCGGCUGCCUCGCAUAUACCGCCUGUUUCGAUAGAUCACCGACUGGCACCAUUUAGAGGCAAAUAUGAGGACUGACCCCAUAAAAACUAUUCUUUGGCUGACUGAAAUUUAGGUACAUUGCAUAAGGACUGUGGUUGCAUUUCACCUAAAUGGUGUUUUGAAUGUUUAACUUAAAUUUUAAAUGCUGGUGUGAUGAACUUUUAUAUGACAAGUCAAGGGGCCAAGUCUAGUUUUACACAUGAAAGGCCCAUGGGGACUUUAGUUUUGCAUGAUUUUUUUUAACCCAUGUGUUUUAAGUGAAUUAACAUUUUUGUUCUUUUUCACAUUUCCAGUAUAAUUGGCAAAAUCAUCUUGCUGUUUGUGUUAUGCCCAAACAUGGACUGUUUACACGCCAUUAUUCACACUUCUGCAUUGCAGUUUAUACGUUUGGAGAACGUAAACCAGAAAGAUAUUACACACAUUGCAUUGUGCCUAGAAUAGAUCACAAAGUGGCUCUAUUACGACAUCCCAGGCAUACACUUAAUUAGAUUUAAUAUAAUAUCUAAACAGAAUGACAAAGUUACCACUGGAGAGAAAACAUGGAACAGGAUGAUAGGUCUUAAAUGUAUUUAUAUAUUCUAUAAUCUUUAUUUGACUGUAUUAUACUCUGAAAUAACGGUAAACGUGAAUCUCCUACACCUUUGUGCAGUAUCAUGAACAUCAACCUCUCUUUUUGCUUAUUUGCCCCUCAAGUUUGUCAUAUUUAUUCUCUUGCACUUUUGUUGGUGACAGUGUCUGUUUGCUUAUUGUUUCAGUGAAUACUUCUCCAUUGUAGAUUAUUCAGAUGAAGCCAAUGUUUGGAUCUGUUUAGAGUAAAAACCUUCAUAUUCACCUUAAAAAAAA